UCUCACCUCCCCACUUCUCACGCAACUUCCACCUUCCAACCCUCUUUAAAAACCCCAAAAACACUCCAUUCCCAAGCACCAUUUCUCCUCUCCUCCUCUUUCUCUCAAACCCUCCAAUUCCAACCUUCCAUCUCAUCUCCAUCGAAAUCCAAUGGCUCUCCAAGCUCUAAACUCCCCAGUCUCCCCAACCCCCGUCCCCGAGCCAUGGGCGAAACGCCCCCGCUCGAAACGCCCCCGAAUCGAGACCGAAGAAGAGUACCUCGCCCUCUGCCUCGUCAUGCUCGCCCGUGGGGCCCACCAGCCUCCAUCCCAGCCGUUGCAACUCCCGUACAAGUGCUCCGUCUGCGGCAAGGCCUUCGCUUCCCAUCAAGCUCUCGGCGGCCACAAGGCCAGCCAUCGGAAGAUCCCGCAGCCCGAUGAUGCUGCCUCCACGGCCACCGUCGCGACCGUUGGUGGUGUUAAGACCCACCAGUGCUCGAUCUGCCUCAGGGAGUUCCCGUCCGGGCAGGCUCUCGGCGGCCACAAGCGGUGCCAUUACGAGGGCAGCAGCGGCAGCGGCGCCGGCUCGGUCACGUUCGCGGCAGGUGGCAGUCCGGCGAGUCAACGCGAUUUUGACUUGAACUUGCCGGCGCCGCCGGAGGUUGACUUUGAUGGCGGCCGGAUGUGUCAGAUUUCCGGCAACGGAGAGGGCUGUUGAUCAGAUAGAUGAAUUCUUUAUUUUGAAGAAGUUUUUGCUGAUUUUCAUGAAUCUAUUCUUUUUAUUUUUUGUACAGAAUACGUGGAGAAUUCUUCAUUCUUUGUUAACUAUAUUGUCUAUCAUGCGCCGUGGGGUGUCAUGCGCAUCUGUUGAUUUGAAUUGUCGAAUAAUGUUAUAAAAAAGCUGUCAUUGUUUGAUUUUGGUGAUGAAUAGGUUAUGGAAUGCUAACUGGUAGA